AACAGGCUUCUCUCUCCUUACAACCCAGAUCCAGAUUAGGAGUCAAAGAACAAGGGAAACUUGGUUUAAAAGACUAUUAGUGUAAAUGCAAAAAGGACGUCUAGAUGGUUGUUAGGUAGAAAGUCAGCACUUGGGGGCUUCCUCAGCCUUAAGCAGCGUGUUUACUCUUGAGGGCCAGGACAUAGCAUAGUCGCCCUGUAUCCACAUUGUCUAGAACCCUGCCUGGCUCAGCAGCGCUUGCGGAGUGGCCAAUGGAGGGUGGGCUUAUGGGGGGACCGUCUUUACGCGUCCAGGGACUCCACAAUGCCCCCGCCCCGCAGGUUCUCGGGCUUCCCGCUCGUUGCGAUGCCGGCCUCGUCCACCAUCCACAUGCUGCAGCUGCUGCGGGAGCUGCUGGCCUUCGUGCUCCUCAGCUACACGGUGCUCAUCGGAGCGCUGCUGCUGGCCGGCUGGACCACCUAUUUCCUGGUGCUGAAGUGACAGCGCCCGCAGCCCCGCCCCCCGCCCCGCCCGCCUCGUGCCAGCCCCCAGCCGCCUGCGCCACGGCGCGCCGCUCCGCCUCCUGCCGGACACACUCCACCCGCCGACGGAAAGACUUUGCUCCUCGCGCUCAGGCCAGGGCUGCCUCUCGAGGCAGGGCUUCGUCCGGACCGCCCAAUCCCGAGUGUUCCUUCAGGCGGGGGUGUGGUCAUGGGGCCUGGCCCACUCAAGAAGAGGCCGCGCCCGUUCGCCAGCUCGCGAAGUAGCGUCACUUCCGGCGUGUGCGU